AUGGAGUGCCAAGAAAUCAUUCCUCUCCGAAUCUUAUCAGAGGAAGAUGCUUGGAACCUAUUUGUGAAGAAAACAAGGAAGUCUUUUCAUGAAUCAACAAAGUUGUAUGACGUAGCGCGGAGAGUAGCAAGAGAAUGUGCUGGUCUCCCGGUUGCAUUAAUAGCAGUUGCCAGGGCACUUGGAGAUAAAGAUAUAGAUGAUUGGACUGAAGCAGCUCGACGUCUGAAGGCUGCUCAACCUGCCAACUAUGAAGAUGAGAGAGAGGUGUUGAGAUGUAUAAAGUUAAGCUAUGAUCACUUGAGACCUGAUGAUGACAACAUUGCCAAGUUUUUCUUUUUGCUUUGCUGUCUAUUCCCUGAAGAUUCUGAGAUUGAGGUCGAAGACUUGUUGGUGUAUGCACUUGGGAAAGGACUAUUUCGAGAUGCUGACACGAUCAAAGCUGCCAGAGCAAAAGCUCAUUCGGUGGUCAAGUACCUUAAAGCUUCUAGCUUACUAUUGGACAGUGCAUGCUACGGGUUUGUGAAGAUGCAUGACGUAAUUCGAGAUGUGGCCAUAUCAAUUUCAUUAUCGGAAGAUGGAUCAAGGUUUCUGGUUCAAGCUGGUUGUGGAUUGAAGGAUUGGCCAGCUAAUAUUGCAGAUGAAGGCUACUCUGCAAUCUCGUUAAUGAGGAACGAAAUUCACAAGCUUCCCAACAAGUUGAUAUGUGAUGUAAUAUGCUUGCCUCCAGUGGUUCUGUUCAAUCCCAAUUGGGUCAGCUUCAAUAUCUGUAUCAGCAGAAAAGGAUUUAUGAAACAGUCCUAUUACGGACGUUUUUUUGAGAGGAAACUAACUGUCAAGAUGGAUGCACACCGGCAUCUCUCUCGGUAUUUGACUUUAAACACAAGCAUGAAGUAUUUACCAGAUUGGUUUAUCGAUGUUGUGACCGAGAAAACAGAGAUACUAGAGUACACAGGUUACAAGGGAUUAGAUAACAUUCUUGUGGAAUAUCACCAUGGGAGAUUACAUGAGCUGAAGUACCUUGGUGUAAUUGACUGCUAUGUGGACAGAGUGUUGAUGAACUCAAUAACAUGGGUUCCACGUAUACCUGUGUUUGAGAGCUUGAUAGAAUUGUAUCUGGAAGGUGUGGGAGGCUUGCAGAAGUUAUGUGUUGGUGAGUUACCAGCUAUGUCCCUGGGCAAUCUUAAGUUGUUAAAUGUGAGAAAUUGCCCGCAUCUUGUGCAUGCACUUAUACCAUCAAAUAUGUUGCCCACGCUACAAAAUCUGGAAAUACUACAUUGUGAGCACACAAAGGAUGCAGGAGGAACCGAAAUGGAAUAUGUGUUUGCAUUUGAACUCCUGGAGACAGAAAAAAUCGUCUUACCGAAAUUGAGAGAGAUAACAUUAUGUUAUCUUGUGAACCUAAAAAGCAUAUGGUGUGGUCAUCCUCCUGGUGGAGUCUUCAGUAAUCUUAACAGUUUGGCAAUCCAUGGCUGCCAGAAACUGAAAUAUCUGCUGGAUUACCAUGUAGCUAUAUCUCUUUUCCAGUUGGAACUUCUCUGGGUGGAGCAGUGCUCUGACUUGGAAACGGUUAUUGAAUCAAGCAGGAAUACAGAGACCAUCAAAAUAAUUUUUCCAAAAUUGAAGGAAUUGUAUUUGAAUAGUCUUCCACAGCUCAGAUGGAUCUACAGAUCGGCUAGCAUUCUGUGCCCUUCACUGGAACACUUGUAUGUGUGCUUGUGCCCCAGACUCUCAAUUCUUGCUGCUGCUGAUUUCCAAAGCAAGAACCACGUCCAAACAAAUGAUGAAGAACAUUUUGCGAUUAUAUUUGAAAGAUUGUUCCACCGCCAAUUCAACUCAGAAGAGGUUCCUCAGUUCUUCUCCAAAAAAAGAAAGUGAUUUCUCAACUGGCUCUUCAAUGUAAUGCGCUAAUUACAUUAUGUAGAUUAUUAUAAGCAUAGACAAUUUCUUUUGGUCUCUUUUAAGGCUGUUAAGCUAAUCAUAGUUCUUCCAGUGGAGAUUGCUUGAAUAUUCAUGCUUUCUA